GCAACCAGCAACCGCCUGGUACCCGGCCGGCGCCCAGGACCGUCUGGGGGGAUUGGGGUUCACGGCAGGUGUGGCCAACUCCAGCCAUGUCGAGCGUGGUGGCUCAGUCUCUCCACAUCUUCGGGCUCCGCUCCCGAGUCGCCAACAAUAUUUGCUUCUUUGAUGAACAGACCAUCAUAUACCCCGCCGGGAAUUACUGUGUGAAGUACAAUGUCGACCAGAAAUGGCAGAGGUUCAUCCCAGGCUCAGAGAAGAGUCAGGGCAUGCUGGCUCUGGCCAUCAGCCCCAACCGCCGGUACCUGGCCAUCUCGGAGACGGUCCAGGAGAAGGCCACCAUCACCAUCUACGAGCUGUCGUCGGUCCCCUGCAGGAAGCGCAAGGUGCUCAGCAACUUCGACUUUGCGGUUCAGCGGUUCGUCAGCCUGGCCUUCUCUCCGGACUCCAAGUACCUCGUGGCCCAGACGGACCCUCCCGAGUCCAACCUCAUCUACUGGAUGUGGGAAAAGCAGAAAGUGAUGGCGACCGUCAGGACGGACACGCAGAACAAUCCGAUCUACCAGGUGAGCUUCAACCCCCAAGACAACACGCAGAUUUGCGCCACGGGCCACAACGUUUUCAAACUGUUCCGCUACGCGGAGGGAAUGCUGAAGCAGUCCAACUUCCAGAGGGGCGAGCCCCAGAAUUACCUCUCGCACACUUGGCUGUCGGAUGACAAAGUGGUCGUCGGCACCGAAGCGGGCAGACUCUUCCUCUUCGAGUCGGGGGACCAGCGCUGGGAGACGAGUUUACAGUACAAAGAGAGCUCGGAGGACUUGCAGAAGUCGGUACUGGACCAGGAAUCCGAGAGCCUGAUCACGUUCCCCGGGAUCAGCUCCCCCUUCCCGUCCCAGGACAACUUCUUCGAGGGCAGCAGCAUGCACCGGGCCUCCCUGCCUCGGGUCUCUGCCGUCGCCGCCUAUUCCAAGGGAUUCGCCUGCUCCGCGGGGCCCGGGACCAUCCUGCUCUUCGAGAGGGUGGAAGAGAAAGACACCUACCAGGAGAGCCGGGAAAUUCGGAUCCCCCCGGACCCCAACAGCAGCGACCCCAGCCAGUCCGUCAAGCAGGACAUCGUCUGCUUGUGCUUCAGCCCCUCCGAGGAGACGCUCGUCGUCAGCACCAACAAAAACCAGCUCUACAGCAUCUCCAUGUCCCUCAUCGAUAUCAACAAGGGGGAACCAGCCCACUUGGAGUACCUGCUGUUCCCGACGCACUCGGCGGCCAUCACGGGGCUGGCCACCUGCGUCCGCAAGCCCCUCCUGGCCACCUGCUCCCUGGACCGAUCCGUCCGCAUCUGGAACUACGAGACCAACAACCUGGAGCUGUACAAGGAGUACCAGGAGGAGGCCUACACAAUUUCCCUCCAUCCCUCGGGGCUGUACACGCUCGUGGGGUUCGCCGACAAGCUCCGCAUCAUGAACGUGCUCAUCGACGACAUCCGGAGCUUCAAGGAGUUCACCGUGCGAGGGUGCCGCGAGUGCGCCUUCAGUAACGGCGGCCACCUGUUCGCCGGGGUCAACGGCAACGUCAUUCACAUUUACACCACCACCAGCCUGGAAAACGUGGCCAACCUGAAAGGACACAACGGCAAGGUGCGCUGCGUAGUGUGGAGCGGCGACGACAGCAAGCUGAUCUCCUGCGGCACAGACGGGGCCGUGUACGAGUGGAAUGUGCUGAUCGGGAAGAGGGAGUCCGAGUGCGUGCUCAAGUCCUGCAGCUACAACUGCAUCACCAUCUCACCCGAUGCCAAGGUCAUCUUUGCUGUGGGCUCCGACCGCACGCUCAAGGAGAUCUCCGACUCUUCGAUCCUGCGAGAGGUGUCGUCCUUUGAUGUCGUCUACACGUCUGUGGUCAUCUCACACUCGGGCCGCAUGGUGUUUGUGGGCACCUCCGUGGGCACCAUCCGCUCUAUGAAGCAUCCACUGCCCUUACAGAAAGAAUUCAAUGAGUACCAGGGCCACUCCAGCUCUGUCACCAAGAUGAUCAUAACGACAGACGACCAGUUUCUGCUGACCAUCUCCGAGGACGGCUGUCUGAUGAUCUGGAAGGUCUUCGACAAGGACGGUCGAGGGGUGAAGCGGGAGAGGGAAGUGGGCUUCUCGGAGGAAGUGCUGGUCACCAAAACAGACAUGGACGAGAAGACCCAGGUGAUGCUGGAGCUGAAGACCCGGGUAGAAGAGCUGAAGAUGGAGAACGAAUACCAGCUCCGCCUGAAGGACAUGAAUUACACGGAGAAGAUUAAGGAGCUGACAGAGAAAUUUAUCCAGGAGAUGGAAUCCCUGAAGACCAAAAACCAGGUUCUGAAAACGGAGAAGGAAAAGCAGGAGACCCAGCACCACGAACAGGUCUGCGAGAUGUUGGAAAAACAACGGCGCGAGUUGCAGGACCUCGAGUGUGGCAACAGCCAGAAGCUGCUGCUGGAGUAUGAGAAGUACCAGGAGCUGCAGGUCAAGUCCCAGCGCAUGCAGGAGGAAUAUGAGAAGCAGCUGCGCGACACCGACGAGGCCAAGAACCAGGCCCUGGAGGAGCUGACCGAAUACUAUGAGAUCAAGCUGCACGAGAAAACCAGCCUGCUCGAAGAGGCACAGGAUGAUGCCCGGCAGCAGCUGCGGGAGUUCGAAGAAACAAAGAGACAGAUCGAGGAAGACGAAGAUCGAGAGAUCCAGGACAUCAAAAUCAAAUACGAGAGACGGCUCCGGGAUGAGAAAGAGAGCAACCUGCGACUGAAAGGAGAGACGGGAAUCAUGAGGAAAAAGUUCAGCAGCUUGCAGAAGGAGAUCGAAGAGCGCAGCAGCGACAUCGACACCUUGAAGAUGGAGCAGCUGAAGCUGCAGGGAAUCAUCAAGGCCUUGGAGAAAGACAUCCAGGGCCUGAAGAGAGAGAUCCAGGAGAGAGAUGAGACGAUUCAGGACAAGGAGAAGCGCAUCUACGACCUGAAGAAGAAGAAUCAGGAGUUGGAGAAGUUCAAGUUUGUGCUCGAUUACAAGAUAAGGGAACUGAAGAAGCAGAUCGAGCCCAGGGAGAAUGACAUUAAGGCGAAGAAGGAGCAAAUCCAGGAGAUGGAGUCGGAACUGGAGCGCUUCCACAAGAAGAACGUCCAGCUGGAACUGAACAUCACUGAGCUGCGGCAGAAACUCAAGGCCACAGACCAGGAGAUGCGCAAGGAGAGACAGAAGGAGCGGGACCUGGAGUCUCUGGUCAAGUGCUUCAAGAUGGACUUGCACAACUGCGUCGGCUUCAUCCAGGAUCCCCGGAAGCUGAAGGACGGGAUCCGCGGACUCUUUGAGAAGUACGUGCAGGAGGCCGACAUGGUGGAGAUCGUCGGGGUGGACACAGAUCUGCAGCAGGAGUACAUCCGGCAGCGCGAACACCUCGAGCGGAACCUGGCCACGCUGAAGAGGAAGGUGGUCAAGGAGAAUGAGCUCCAUAAGACGGACAACGUGCGCAUAAUGCAGGAAAACGUGAGUCUAAUCAAGGAGAUCAACGAACUUCGGCGAGAGCUGAAAAUCACUCGCACCCGAGUUCAACACCUCGAGUCAGCACUGAGGCUGAGCAAGAAAAGCAAGAAAUCAGGGCCCCUGGACACAGCUCCCGGCGGGGAUGUGCCCGGCGGCAGAGGGGUCACCAGGCUGAACCCGGAAGAGGAAAUGGAGAGGAUCAUAGAAACACAGCGGGUGGAAAUCAGGAGGCUGCGAGAGCAGAUCCAGCAGCAGGAGCAGAUUCCCGGCCUCCGUUCCCAAAUAAGCACCUAUCUCCCCUCCCUGAUAUCAGAGUAG